AUGUCCCUAGCACAAUUGCGAGAUGGACCGCUUACUGAACGCAAGACUGCCAGAGCUUGUGCUGACUGGUCUGUCGCAGGGNCAUCCUUGACCAAGCGAGCUGCCCGCCUACGCGCUCUGAACCAAAUCACCCAAUCCAUCACCCAACAGUGUGGACUACCUCCUGCUCUCAACCUAGAUUUUGAUUCUCUACCCUCUCCUCCACACACUCCUUCCGAAGAUGCUCUUCUUAAUGCUGCCGACCUGGAANAAGUAUGUAUCGUAAUUCUGUGGUUUCAUCGUUCAUCUCUUAUUGUUCAUCUGCUUUGUAGAGGUCUACGUUUUCAGGACUCGUUAUUGCCUUUCUCUCUGGACACCAUAGAACAGAAUCCCGCAAUCAAAGCCCUGGCUCGUCGAGAUGCGCCUGCUCCAACUGACCCUGGAUUCAUCGAUAACCAAUCUCAUGCGACGGCUCCUAUUGCUAACUCAGAUACCAUCGCGAGCUCUCAAGAUCACCUUGUUCAAGCCAAUGCCGACCCUGCACAGCCUUCCAACGAUGAGCCACCAGUCAAUCCGCCCGGUCGUGAGAACCAAAGGAAUCGGCCACGCACCGUCCAUCUCCCACCCAAGGAAGUCCAGGAAGAACGAUUUCGUGAAAAGCAACUCCGUCAAGAAGCACGUCGGAGAGAUGCUGCCGAAUCUCAGGUCGAAGCUGCAUCAUCGCCAAAAUCCACUGCUGGCGCUCCUUCCAUGGCCACUCCUUUGCCCGCUGGUCCUUCGCCUCUGACUAGUACUGACGAGGAUACUACAUCCGCAAACCAGACAGUGGCUAAGCCUCCUAGCUUGCAACCAUCUCCCGAGGAAGUUCUUGCCAAGGAACAACAUGACAAGCUACUACAGUCGCAGAAGGAAAUCGCGUACCAGGAAGCAUUGGGACACGAGGACGACUCUCCAGAUGUGCAGUUGCGUCUUGAGCAGGAACAAGCAGUGAAGGCCACCAGAGACGCUACUUUCGACGCCACGCCUACCACAGUGAAUUCAUCCAACAACAUCAAAGCGACAAUAGCAGCGCGCGACGCAUGUCAAGCUGCUGCCCCAGUUCAGCCUCACUCAGCAUCGCCUUCCGAGUCUGUCUCUGACGCUUCACAGAAGAAGAGAGCUCCGCGACCAUCACUUGUCAACAUUAUGCCACCUAGAGAUCCUGCGCUUGCCAAUGCUGUUGUCGAGACUUCGGGCGCUGUCCGUGCUCAAUCGACUUCAGAAGUAAACGAAUCGUCAAGGCCAUCUCUCUUCGCUUCUAAGCGCGCCCACACGACAGGGGAAGUACUCAAGGUCAAAACCGAGCAGCCGGUUGUAAGGCGCCAACAACGACCAAUGAAGGAUCAGCUACAAUCGCCUGUUUCACUACGAUGCUCUGAUUUGAUGAAGAAAGAGGGCUACAACGCUCUCAAAGGAGUAUCCGCCGAGCUCACUAAGGACUAUCUGGAGCCUCUAUACCGCAUACAGGUCCACGAGCCUCCUAACGGAAGACCUUUGCAUGAACUCUUGCAAAAAGCUAGCAAGGUUGUGACAACCACUGAGCAGUUUGCCGGAUACCACGAGAGACAGGAUCAACGCAUUCUACGGAGGAUCUACCAACUACAAAACGCGAAUCGCUGGUCCCUCAGGCAGAUGCAGCCUUGUGCUGAGCCAGCUGCCCCUAAAACACACAUGGACCAUCUCUUGGCCGAAAUGAAGUGGAUGAGGACCGACUUUCGUCAAGAGCGCAAGAUGAAGAGAGCAACAGCCAAAUUCUUUGCGGAGCAAUGUGCAGAAUGGUGCCUUGCAGACAAAGAAACCCAGAGGUCGAUGCAAAUUAGACUCAAAUCGCUCGAGGCGUUGCGCCAGGAUACAGCAGCUCCACACUCACCUGCCGAGUCGAACUUCGAGAACAGUGAUAGGCACAGCCAAGGAGCCCAGUCGCCGCCCGGAUUGGACAACGAUGUCGAGUCUAGUGUCGAAGACUUUGACAUGCCGAGGACGCCGCAGUACGCAACUGUAGUCCCGUCAUCUUUCUUCUCUGCUAUAAACAUGGACAAGGAAACAUUCCAUAUGCAAGACAAUGAGAUCUUGCACAGCGCUCUCGCCGAACUCCCUCUACUAACGCCUUUCGACGAAGAUGAUGAACCUGCUCAUUUGACCGUCAAACGUCCAACUCCAGCAGUAUCAAAGUUCUGUGCUGCUAAGAUGAUGAUUGAUGUCAGUGGCCCUCACAAGAAGAGAAGCCGAUAUGAUUACAGUGAUGAAGAUGACACGAUGGACGAAACUUUACUGCCUACAUCGAAGAGACCACGCGCAAGUCAAGACGACUCGGGCCUACGACCAGAGCAGACAGAUCUUGCUCUUUUCGAACCCGAGAACAAGCUUUUGCGAAGCAGAUUGCAUCAAAAUACUGCAUUCCGGCCUCCAUCCGAAUUCCAGAUGCCAUCCUCGCAAUUCUAUGAAUUCAGAACGGCAUCGCAGUGGACGGAAGAAGACCAACAAGCUCUGCGCCGUCUUGCCAAGGAGUUUUCAUUCAACUGGUCCCUUAUUGCAGACAAUCUAUCAUUAUCAUCCAGAUUCACUAGCGCAUCUGAUAGGCGCACGCCAUGGGAAUGCUUUGAGCGCUGGGUGGAGCUUGAAAGCCUCCCUAAUGAGAUGCGAAAAACCCUUUACUUCAAGACUUGGAAUCAACGACUCGAGGGAGCUAACAGAAACAACGAGGCCAAGUACCAGCAACAGGUUGCACAGCUUGCACAGACUCCAGGACAACCUCCUACUGUAAUGCGANAAAAGACAACGCCAUUCAAGGUUGACAAACGUAGGCAGAAUCGGUACUUGCACAUGGUGGAUGCGAUGCGUAAACUGGCUAGAAAACGGGAGCAGCAGGCUCACAAGCAGGCCGAAGCUCAAAAAGCCGCCCACAUGCGCAAGCAGCACGAAAACGCAGCACCGAAGAACGGAAUCCCAACCCCUCAAGAGUUCAGUAAAAUGCGCCAGGAGCGAGACGUCCAGGUCCAUGCACGACAAGAACGUUACAGAGAACAGAUGCUCGUACAGCAACGCCAGGCUCAAAUGCAACGAAAUGGACAGAUGCCGAACCAACAGGCUCAUCCCAAUGCUAGUGCGCCCAACCGUCCUGGACCUAAUAUGCCUCAUCCACAGAGCACUCCGACACAACCCGGUGGGCCUCAGCAGAUUAACCAUCAAGGUCUACCGAAUGGUCAGCACCCUAAUGCUGCUGCACAAGGAGGUGCGCAUCUCAAUACUCCACAAAUGGGCAUGCGUGGAGGUAUACCACAGGCGCAGAUGCAACCGAACAUGCGCCCUGUGGCCAACGGUCAAGCUCACGGAACGCCAGAUGGCAUGCAGCAGAGAGUGCUUGAGGCGCAAAGGGCCAACCAACUUAAGAUGAACGGCCAGCAAUACCAAAUGGCCCCACCGAAUCGAGCAAGUCCUGGAGGUAUGCAUCCUCCCAAUGGAGUGGGCAAUCAGCCUGCAAUGAACGGCAUGCAAAACGUCCGCACUCCUGGUCCCCAAGCCCAGAAUCAUCAGUCGACCCCCAAUGGCAAUGCUGUUGCUUCGCCACACAUGCCACCACCACCGACUCCGACAAGCCAGUCGCAACAGCCACCACAACUUUCAGGCGGGCUUGUGCCCAACAUCACGUCAAUCACUCACCAGCUUCAGGCGCAAUACCCGCAAGCCUCGGCCGAAAAGAUCCAGGAGAUGGCAACUGAACGCCUGCGACACAUCCACUUGCAGGGACAGCAGCAGCAAUCCCAUCAGCAGGCUCGUCAAAGUGCACUCAGUGCCGCUGCUGGACCACAUGCGGCAAAUGUCGUGCCAAAUGGCUCGCCUGCCUACAAUCAGAAUCAAGCAGCCUUCCAUCAGAACAAUGGCAAUGGCCAACAUACAGCCUUCAAUACCAACAGCAGUAACGUGGCAGGCAAUGCACAGCAGUACGCAGCCGGUAUGCGACAACGCGUUCUGGCACAACAGAGCCAAAUGCAACAUCAAAAUCAAACCUCCCUGUACAGAACAACGGCAGUCCACGAGUAG